AUGAAUAAAGUUUUGGGAUGCAACAAUCUAAUGGCUAAUAUGGAUGUUGCAACCGUAAUCUUUGUGCUUCUUAUUAUGAUUAUAUUUCCUGUGAAAACUUCUGCAACAGAUUAUAUAGUUGGGGAUGAUAAAGGGUGGACUAUAUUUUAUAAUUACACAAAUUGGGUUAAAGACAAGAACUUUUAUAUUGGAGAUGCUAUAGAAUGCAUGCUCACCACUUACACUUUGAAUGGUGUAGUUUUCAAAUAUACUGCUGGCUACCACAAUGUAGCCAAAGUGAACGAAACAGCCUUCCGAAACUGCGAUAACUCUUCGGCAGGUCCGAUAUUGUAUACUGGAAAUGAUAGGAUCGUUUACGGAACACCAGGAAACGUUUGGUACAUUUGUGGUCUCGCCAAGAACUGCGAAGGCGGACAAAAACUUGCUAUCACCAUACAACCUACUCCUCCACCUUCGCCUCCAUUUCCACCUCCGGCGGCAGCUCCUGCACAUCCUGCUCCGUUUUUGCCACCGCCCUCGCGACCGAGUGGAGGAUUGUCUUCUAAGGCUCUGACAGGGAUAAUAGUAGGAAUAACUGUGGGAGCCAUAUUUUUGGUGAUCAUAGGAGUUGGUAUUGUCAUCUGUUACAAGAAGAAGAGGAACAAAUAUCAGAAACAAAGUCUCCUUGGAAGUCAAACUCCGCAAACAUCUAAAGUUGGUACAAAAAAUCAAAAGAUCAAGAUCAUGUCUUUGAAAAAAAAAACCGCUCCAAACUUCACAAUUUCGCUCGUUUUACCCUUCAUUGUUAAAUUAUCUAAUAAUAUUCCGCCAAAUCAGCUCUAA